AUGCCAGGCUGGGUCGGCAUCAGGGUGUUUAUGCUUGCAGUCGACUGCACCGCUCGAUUCUUUGGCGUCGUCGUGUCAUUUUAUGGCGCCGCGUCCUACUUCUGCUCCUGCUCCUGCUCCUGCUCCUACUCCUACCUUUAUAGCUUAUUCGAGCGCUCGCGGACGAUACUGACAUGGCGCAAGGAACUCCCCGUCACCGGCUGGCCUCGGCUGCCCCCCGAGGUUCGCUCCCAGAUCCUCCGCUCGAUCGUGUACGAACGGCACAGCCUGACCAGGUACGCGCUGGUGUGCAGGGAGUGGCAGCGGUUUAUCGAGGCGCACAAGUUUAGCCACGUGCGGAUCCACGACCGGCAGCUCCGCGGGCUGGAGAGGCGCAUGGUGGAUCGCCAGCGACGCCUGGUGCGGCACAUCUGGCUCAACAUCGAGCUCCGCGAGUACACGUGCUGGGAGUGCGACAGGCCGGAGACGGAGUGGGAGCAGGAGGCCAACGGGCGCAUCAUCGGCCUGGCCGUCGAGAGGGUCUUUGCCAUCCUGUCGGGGUGGCGGGCCACGGGCCGGGGCUUGACGCUCGAGAUCUCGGUGCAGUCGCCGAGCGACACGCUGCAUUGGUUCCCGGCGUGGUUCUUUGGCGGGCGCGCCGACGUCCCCCGCGGCAUCUGCAUCCCGCCCUGCGUCCUGCGGGAGCAGCGGCCCAAGCCCGGCGGCUGGGGGUGGUACUGGUUCCCCGACUACGGGGCCGUGUCGAGGAUAUGGGACCAGAGGUCGCCGCUGAGGCUGCGGCAGGCGCUGCCCACGGUCGCGGCCGUCACGCGGCUCGUCAUGAGGCGGCAGUCGCGGCGGCGGUUCGCGGCAACGACUCUGGGGCUCAUGCUGCAGAACCUGCCGGCGCUGGAGGACUUGGUGUAUGAGCCGUGGAGGGCGUGGAACACGAUAGACCAGGCCGAGUUUGACCACGAAUAUGGGCUCCUCAUGGACGGUCGCUGCCUGCCCACGAGCAUCAGGCACAUAUCCAUUUUCGAAGACUACAACGAGUUUUGCAUGAAGCAGCUGGUGCGCUCCACGCGGGGCGCGUCCAUCCGGGCCCAGCGCAGGGGCAGGAGGCCGGACACUCUCCUCGCCAUCGCCGUGGCCGACGCCACCCGGCGGCUGGAGCGCCUCGAGCACCUGUCCGUGUCCUUCAUGAUCGACGCCCUGCACUUCUGCACCGUGGCGCAGCCGAGCUGGCGGUGGCCGGAGCUCACGACGCUGGCCCUCACGUCGACGAUGCUGCACGAGGCCACGGACACGCAGCACAUCUGGCUGCUGCUGCGGGGCGCCGCCGCCACGGCCCUGCGCAUGCCCAAGCUGGAGACCAUGACGCUGUGGAACGCUCAGCACGGGCAGGCCUGCUCCUUCACGUACUCGCGGCGCGCGAGGAAGCUCGUCUGGCGCGCCGGGUGGCGGCUGCGCGUCGACCUGGCCAAGCUGCUGGCGGCGUGGAACGAGGCGUACGCCCUCUCGGGCGAGCUGGAGUUUGAGCACCACGCCAUCGAGGCCGCGAGGACGGAGACGCACGCCCAGGGGAUGCAGCGGCUGCGCAUGCCGCUGGGGGGGGUGGUGGACGCGGUGUCGUGGUGGCAGAUGGCGACGGAGCUGGAGAUGGACGUGGACGGCGUUCCGGCCCGGGGGAGGGUGGGGAGCUCGAGCGGGCAGUGA